AUGUACCAGGAGGUGGCUUUCCUGGCCGGCAGCGCCGAUCGCCAGUUCACCACUUUCCACUUCAAGCGGGUGCAGAACCCGCAGGAGGUGUCCGCCAACAAGGGUGUCUUCUACAAGCGGGCCCAACGCCUGGCCAAGCCGCAAGCCCGCCAGACGGACGCCGAUGACGCGGUGGCCAUCAUCAACGUGGGCGGCAUCAAGUACCGCAUCCCCUGGUCCACCUUGGACGAGUUUCCCUUGACCAGGCUGGGGAAGCUUCGGGGUUGCAGCAACGAAGCCGAGAUCAUGGACGUGUGCGACGACUACGACGGAAGCCGCAACGAGUUCUUCUUCGACCGCAGCCCGUCGGCCUUCCGCACCAUCGUCACCUUCCUGGCGGCAGGCAAGCUGCGGCUGCUCAGGGAGAUGUGCGCCCUGUCCUUCCAGGAGGAACUGCUCUACUGGGGCGUGGAGGAGAACAAACUGGACUGGUGCUGCCUGAGGAAGCUGCGGCUUCGCCAGGAGGAGUACAAGGAGAUGCGGAGGCUUGAGGAAGAGGAGAACGAGCCAGUGGCUCCCCCGCCCAGCGAGGAGAGCUGCCAGUCGGCCGUCGGCCCGGACGACGCGCCUGAGGGCGGCUGCAUGCGUAGGCUGAGGGACAUGGUGGAGAACCCCCACUCGGGAAUCCCGGGCAAGAUCUUCGCCUGCCUGUCCGUCUUGUUUGUCGCCAUCACCGCCGUCACGCUCUGCAUCAGCACCAUGCCGGACCUCAGGGAGGAGGAGGAAAGGGGGGAGUGCUCCCAGAGGUGCUUCAACAUCUUUGUCCUGGAGACGGUGUGCGUGGCGUGGUUCUCCCUGGAGUUUGUGCUGCGCUUCAUCCAGACCCAGAGCAAGUGCAUGUUCCUGCGCACGCCGCUCAACGUCAUCGACGUGGUGGCGCUGUUGCCCUACUACACCACGCUCAUCGUCGACUCGCUGUCGGUGGGCGGCAAGCCGGCGGGCUCCGGGAACAACUACCUGGAGAAGGUGGGCCUGGUCCUGCGUGUCCUGCGGGCGCUGCGGAUCUUCUACGUCAUGAGGCUGGCCCGUCAUUCGCUGGGCCUGCAGACGUUGGGCCUGACGGUGAGGAGGUGCGCGCGGGAGUUUGGCUUGCUGCUGCUCUUCCUGUGCGUGGCCAUGGCGCUCUUCUCCCCGCUGGUGUUCCUCGCCGAAAGCGAGUUGGGCGCCAAGCAGGAGUUCACCAGCAUCCCUGGAAGCUACUGGUGGGCGGUCAUCUCGAUGACCACGGUGGGCUACGGAGACAUGGUGCCCAGGAGCAUCCCCGGCCAGGUUGUGGCGCUCAGUAGCAUCCUGAGCGGCAUCCUGCUCAUGGCUUUCCCCGUCACGUCCAUCUUUCACACCUUCUCCAGGUCCUACGUGGAACUGAAGGAGGAGCAGAACCGAGCGCUGAGGCAGAAGCCGGACUCGCAAGACAGCACCAAGUCGCAGAACAGCGAGGACUCCCAAGAGAUGGACAGCUACCGCGGCCCCAGCGAGGCUGCCAUCUCAGCCGUACAAAGAAGGAAGUCCAUGGCUCUGCAAAGGGAGCAAGCCUGCACUUAACUGGUCCUUCUAGGGAAACGUCUGCUCUUCAAGGACUUGAGUUGGAGUUUCUGCUUGGACCAAACUUUGGAACCAUGGCUGAUAAAUUAAUAACUAUCCAGGAGAAGAAAGGAUGAGACAUUUUAAGAUGGACACAGACAACAAGCGAGACUAAAUUGAGCAUUUUUUUUUUACCAAUCUUACGAUCAAAAUAGUUUGGUACAAUCGAAAAAAUACUUACUGUAGUUCAAGCAACAUUGGGCGGAGUAUAUCAAUAUUAACUUGACACGGAAGGAUAGCCAAUUACAAGCUAAGCUAACUAGCUUUCAUCAUUUGUGUGUGUGGUGUCACCACAGUUGCCAUGUAAUUUUUCUUGUUGUGU